AUGCCGAAAAGCUACAGGAACCACAGCAAGACGGCGCGCAACCCCAAGCGCCCCUUCGAAAAGGAGCGCUUGGACCAGGAGCUCCGGCUGCUGGGCGAGUACGGCUUGAAGAACAAGCGAGAGGUUUGGAGGGUGCAGUAUGCGCUUGCUAAGAUUCGGUCUGCAGCUCGUGAGCUGCUGACUCUCGAAGAGAAGGAUCCUCGGCGUAUCUUCCAGGGGACGGCGCUGCUGCGUCGUAUGGUGCGUCUCGGGUUGCUGAGCGAAGGGGAACAGAAACUGGACUACGUGUUGGGUCUGACGGUGCAGAAGUUCCUUGAGCGCCGUUUGCAGACACGUGUGUUCAAGUUGGGUCUUGCAAAAUCUAUCCACCACGCCAGAUGUCUCAUCAGACAGCGCCACAUUCGCGUGGGAAAGCAGAUCGUCGAUAUCCCCUCUUUCAUGGUGCGCGUUGACUCGGAGAAGUAUAUUGAGUUCUCCCUCACCUCACCGUACGGGGGUGGCCGCCCUGGCCGCGUAAAGAGAAAGGCACUGAGAGUAGGUGACAGCAAGGAAGGUGAUGAUGAGUAA